ACAUCAAACAUCCACCAUGCCAUCUGCAUCUGUCUGGAAGGCCGGCCCGGAGAACGUCACCUACACGACGUCCAACGGCGCGCCCUUCCCUGAGCCGUACCAGACGCAGCGCGUCUCGAACGGCAAGAAAAACAUUGGCGGCCCGCUGCUGCUGCAGGACUUCCACCACAUCGACCUGCUCGCGCACUUCGACCGCGAGCGCAUCCCCGAGCGCGUCGUCCACGCCAAGGGCGGCGGUGCGCACGGUGUCUUUGAGGCCACGCACGACGUGAGCGACAUCUGCUGCGCCAAGUUCCUCGAGCAGGGCAAGAAGACGCCGCUCACCGUGCGCUGGUCGACCGUCGGCGGCGAGAGCGGCUCCGCCGACACGGCCCGCGACCCGCGCGGCUUCUCCGUCAAGCUGCGCACGGAGGAGGGCAACUACGACUGGGUCUUCAACAACACGCCCAUCUUCUUCCUGCGUGACCCGGCCAAGUUUCCUCAUUUCAUCCACACUCAGAAGCGCGACCCCCAGACGCACCUUAAGGACAACGACAUGUUCUGGGACUACCUGUCGCAGAACCCGGAGAGCGUGCACCAGGUCAUGAUCCUCAUGGGCGACCGCGGCAUUCCCAAGGGCCACCGCCACCAGCACGGCUACUCGGGCCACACGUUCAAGCUCGUCAACGAGCAGGGCAACUGGGUUUACGCGCAGUGGCACCUGCGCAGCGACUCGGGCUUCAAGCACUACACGCAGGAGGAGGGUGUCAAGCUCGCGGGCGAGAACCCCGACAUCCACAACCAGGAGCUCUUCGAGCAGAUCGAGGCCGGCGACUUCCCGACGUGGACGGUCUCGCUGCAGACGAUGACGCAGGAACAGGCCGAGAAGUGGGAGCACAGCGUGUUCGACCUGACCAAGGUCUGGCCGCACAGCGAGUACCCGCUGCGCCCCGUCGGCAAGCUCACCGUCAACAAGAACCCGGAGAACUACUUUGCCGAGAUCGAGCAGGUCGCCUUCGCGCCGAGCCACCUCGUGCCCGGCAUCGAGCCCUCGGCCGACCCGGUGCUGCAGUCGCGCCUCUUCUCGUACCCCGACACGCACCGCCACCGCCUCGGCGUCAACUACCAGCAGAUUCCCGUCAACGCACCGCUGGUGCCGGUGGCGAACUUCCAGCGCGACGGCGCGAUGACGGUGAACGGCAACCAGGGCGCGCGCCCCAACUACCAGUCGACGGUCGUGCCGCUGCAGUACACGAAGCGCCCCGUCGUGCACAGCGCGACGCACGACGACUUUGCCGCCUCGUCGAUCGGCAACUUCCUCAGCGAGGUCAACGACCUCGACUUUGUGCAGCCGCGCGCGCUGUGGGAGAAGGUCUUCGACGACGGCGCCAAGGAGCGCUUCAUCAACAACGUCUCGGGCCACCUCGGCGGCUGCAAGAGCAAGGAGAUCCAGCUGCGCCAGCUCGCCGUCUUCAAGCGUGUGCACCCCGACAUUGCCGCGCGCAUCGGCGAGAAGAUCGGCGUCUCCGCCUAG